AUGCCUGCUUACACGCCGCCGCCGAGCAGCCUGGCGGGCCCCGCGCUGGACCAGUGCGCGCAGCUGGCGUGGCCCGAGGCGGCCGGCGCGGCGGUGAUCAUUCUGGCCUUUGCCACGGCGCUGCCGCCCGACUGGCUGCUCGGGCCGUCGGCCGCCAAGUUCGACUUCCCGCUGGUGCUGCUGGGGCUCGGGCAGCAGCUGGGCGGCAUGGGCAACGCAGUGCGAGAGAAGUUCUACGCGGUUGCGCGCGCCGCGGCGCUGCUCCGCCGACUGGCCCCUCGCGCGGCCGUCAUUGUCGUCGACGCGUGGGACACGAUGGUCGUCAACGGAGUCACGGCCUCGACGGAGACGCUGCUGCGCCGCGUCAGUCGCGGCGAUCGGCAGCUCCUCAGCGGCGAGUGCAACUCGUGGCCGCGGUGCUACCGCCCGCUGCUCGCCGCCGACGAUGCUGGCCGCCGGUGCCUGGGUCAGCCGGGCGCCUUGUGCUUUGGUAAUUCGGGCGCGUACGCGGCGAGCGCAGCGGCUCUCGUGGAUGCGCUCUUGCCCGCCAGCGUGCGCGAGCUGCGCGGCGAGGGCGUGGUCGCGAGCAGCCCCGUCUUCGCGCCGCUGCGCGAGCAGCUCUCGCUCGCGCGCGAGUCGCUCCUCCGCCGGCGCAUCCUGCUGCUCGAGUCGCCGGCGGCGGGGCCAUGCGCGCUGCGCUCGCUCGGCCACGCCCUCGACUCGGCGCGCCGGUCGUGUCUCGCGCAGUCGGCUUGCCGGAAGAAGUUCAAUCUCGCGCCCGCCGCCUCGCCCCAUGCACAAAUUCCGUAA